GGGGGGACGGGUUUCGGAGGUCUGGGAGGGAGAAGAUCAGGGAGCAGGGAAGGUGGCCACGGAGUGGAGUGGAGCCGGUGAGGAGCCCUUCCUGUGCCAGGCGGGUAGAGCCAAAGCCGGGGAGCCCGGAGCUGGGGGGAGGGCCGGGGACAACCCGGCCCUGCCCCCUCCCCCUCCGUGUGCCCAGCAACUUCUGAGGAAAGUUUGGCAGAGCUCGCGCGCUGCCCCGAGGAUGGGCAGGGUCCCGCUGGCCUGGUGGUUGGCUCUGUGCUGCUGGGGGUGCAUGGCCCCCAACGGCUCACAGGCUCAGGAGGACCCCUUUGUGGGGAGCCCAGGGAACAUCACUGGUGCCCGGGAACUCACGGGGACCCUUCAGUGUGAGCUUCUGGUUCAUGGGGAGCCCCCUGAGGUGACCUGGCUUCGGGAUGGACAGGCCCUGGAGCUGGCAGACAGCACCCAGAUCCAGGUGCCCCUGGGCGAAGAUGAGCAGGACGACUGGAAAGUGGUCAGCAAGCUCAGGAUCUUGUCCCUGCAGCUCUCGGACGUGGGAUGGUACCAGUGCGCAGUGGUCCUGGGAGGAAGGAACUUUGUGUCCCAGCCCGGCUAUAUUGGACUGGAGGGCCUGCCCUACUUCUUGGAGGAGCCUGAGGACAGGACUGUUACUGCCAACACCCCCUUCAACCUGAGCUGCCGGGCCCAGGGUCCCCCAGAGCCCGUGGACCUGUUCUGGCUCCAGGAUGCUGUCCCCCUGGCUGCGGCCACGGGCCACACCCCCCAGCACAUACUUCAUGUUCCAGGCCUGAACAAGACGUCUUCUUUCUCCUGUGAAGCCCAUAAUGCCAAGGGGGUCACCACAUCCCGCACGGCCAUCAUCACAGUGCUUCCCCAGCGGCCCCAUGACCUCCACUUGGUUUCCAGUCUGCCCACAAAGCUGGAGGUGGUUUGGACACCAGGCCUGAGCGGCAUCUAUCCCCUCACCCACUGCACCCUGCAGGCUGUGCUGUCAGAUGAUGGGGUCGGCAUCAGGCUGGGAGAGCCAGAUCCCCCGGAGGAGCCCCUCACCAUGCAAGUAUCCGUCCCCCCUCACCAACUACAGCUGGACAGCCUCCGUCCUCACAGUCCUUAUCACAUCAGGGUGGCAUGUGCCAGUAGCCAGGGCCCCUCACCCUGGACCCACUGGCUUCCCGUGGAGACGCCUGAGGGAGUGCCUCUGGGCCCCCCUAAGAACGUUACCGCCAUACGGAAUGGGAGCCAAGCCAUCGUGCGUUGGCAGAAGCCAAUGGCACCCCUGCAGGGCACUCUGUUAGGGUACCGGCUGGCCUAUCGAGGCCAGGACACUCCUGAGGUGCUAAUGGACAUAGGACUAAAGCAAGAGGUGACCCUGGAGCUGCGGGAGGACAGGACUGUGCCCAACCUGACGGUGUGUGUGGCAGCCUACACCGCCUCUGGGGAUGGACCCUGGAGCCUCCCCGUGCCCCUAGAGCCUUGGCGCCCAGGGCAAAGACAGCCAAUGCACCAGCUGGUGAGUGAACUUCCAGCCCCCUCCUUCUCAUGGCCCUGGUGGUAUGUACUGCUGGGAGCAGUUGUGGCCGCUGCCUGUGUCUUCAUCUUGGCCCUGUUCCUCAUCCAUCGGCGGAAGAAGGAGACCCGCUAUGGAGAGGUGUUUGAACCAACAGUGGAGAGGGGCGAGCUGGUGGUCAGGUAUCGCGUUCGCAAGUCCUACAGUCGCCGGACCACUGAAGCCACCUUGAACAGCCUGGGAAUCAGCGAAGAGCUGAAGGAGAAGCUGCGGGAUGUGAUGGUGGACCGGCAUAAGGUGGCCCUGGGGAAGACCCUGGGGGAAGGAGAGUUUGGAGCUGUGAUGGAGGGCCAGCUCAACCAGGAUGACUCCAUCCUCAAGGUGGCUGUGAAGACAAUGAAGAUUGCCAUCUGCACAAGGUCGGAGCUGGAGGAUUUCCUGAGUGAAGCUGUCUGCAUGAAAGAAUUUGACCACCCAAAUGUCAUGAGGCUCAUCGGCGUCUGUUUCCAGGGUUCCGAACUAGAUGGCUUCCCUGCACCUGUGGUCAUCUUACCUUUCAUGAAACAUGGAGAUCUACACAGCUUCCUUCUCUAUUCUCGACUCGGGGACCAGCCAGUGUUCCUGCCCACUCAGAUGCUGGUGAAGUUUAUGGCAGACAUUGCCAGUGGCAUGGAGUAUUUGAGUACCAAGAGAUUCAUACAUCGGGACCUGGCCGCCAGGAACUGCAUGCUGAAUGAGAACAUGUCCGUGUGUGUGGCGGACUUUGGGCUCUCCAAAAAGAUCUACAAUGGGGACUACUACCGCCAGGGACGUAUUGCCAAAAUGCCAGUCAAGUGGAUCGCCAUUGAGAGCCUGGCUGACCGCGUCUACACCAGCAAGAGUGAUGUGUGGUCCUUCGGGGUGACAAUGUGGGAAAUUGCCACUCGGGGCCAAACCCCAUAUCCAGGAGUGGAGAACAGCGAGAUUUACGACUACCUGCGUCAGGGAAACCGCCUGAAGCAGCCUGUGGACUGUCUGGAUGGACUGUAUGCCCUGAUGUCCCAGUGCUGGGAGCUAAACCCCCAGGACCGGCCAAGUUUUUCACAGCUACGGGAAGAUCUGGAGAACACACUAAAGACCCUGCCACCUGCCCAGGAGCCUGAUGAAAUCCUCUAUGUCAACAUGGAUGAGGGUGGGAGUCAUGCUGAACCACUUGGAGCUGCUGGAGGAGCUGACCCCCCAACCCAGCCUGAUCCUAAGGAUUCCUGCAGCUGCCUCACCGCGGCUGAGGUCCAUCCUGCUGGGCGCUAUGUCCUCUGCCCUUCUACAGCCCCUGGCCCCACCCUACCUGCUGACAGGGGCUCCCCAGCACCACCAGGGCAGGAGGAUGGAGCCUGAGACAACCCUCUGCCUGGGACUUCCUCUCAGGACCCAAGCUAGGCACUGCCACCUACGUUCCCAUUCCAGACCUUACUCACAACUGCAGCUCUCUCUUCCUACCAAUUCCACUUCCAUCUCACACAAAUCCUCUCACUUUCCACAUCUUUGUGUCCCCGUGUGUAAAAGGAAGGGGUUGGACUGCAAUCCCUAAGCUUCCUCCUAAGUCUAACAUUCCAAGAUUUUGGAUUCUAAGGUUUAAAGAGCCUAGGUUCUGGGUUUCAAAGACGUUAUGAGCCUUAGGUUCUAAGGACCUGAAAUUCCAAAUUAUCUAAUUUUAAAGUGCUAAGGUUCUAGACAUGAAUGCUCUAAGGUCUAUAUUUGAAAGUUCUGAGAUUCUACGGCCCUAGAUUUUCCUGUUUUUAAGAUUCUUGAUAAAAUCUGUAAGUUUUGGGGUUCUAAAGUUCUAUGAUUCUAGGCAUAGGAACUAAGACUCAAUGAUGCUAGAUUUCAUUUUCCUUAGGGUAUAAGACUCUAGGUUCUAGAAUUCUAUAAUUCUAGACAUAGAGGUUUUAAGGCCUAAUGUUCUAAAAUUUGAUGUUCUAAGCCUCUUAGAGUAUAAAUCCCCUGGCUGACUCUAGAGUCUACUCUAGCAGUGGUUCUCAACCUUCCUAAUACCACGACCCUUUAAUACAGUUCCUCAUGUUGUGGUGACCCCC